GGCCUUCUCCCCUCCCUCCGCAGGAUGGGUGUCGCCAGCAGGAUGCUGGCCCCGCUCUGGGCCCUGGCCCUCGCCUUGGCCUGUGCCCAGCACGUAGGCCAGGCCCAGGGCAGCUCUGUGGAACACAGCCACAAGUCCCCAGAACUUCAUGUCCCCCAGGAGCUUGGUGGCCACCCACUCCGCGGGAUGAGCUUCCUGCCCCCUCUGAGGACGGCCCCGGUGGUGCGAGCCCGGAACCCCGCGCACAACGGGCGCGUCUGCAGCACCUGGGGCAACUUCCACUACAAGACCUUCGACGGCGACGUCUUCCGCUUCCCCGGCCGGUGCAACUACGUCCUGUCCGCGCACUGCGGCGCCGCGUACGAGGACUUCAACGUGCAGCUGCGCCGCGGCGGGGAGUCCAAUGCCACCACGGUCACCGCAGUCACCAUGAAGCUCGACGGCAUGGUCAUCCAGCUGACCAAGAGCUCCAUCCUGGUUAACGGCCGCCCAACUCAGCCGCCCUUCAGCCAGUCGGGGGUCCUCAUCGAGGUCAGCAACGGCUACCUGAAGGUGGACGCCAAGCUGGGCCUCGUCCUCAUGUGGAGCCCAGACGACAGCCUCCUGCUGGAGCUGGACCCCAAGUUCGCCAACCAGACCUGUGGGCUCUGCGGAGACUUCAAUGGUCAGCCUGUGUUCAACGAGUUCCUCUCCCAUGGGGUCAAGCUGACGGCCCUCGAGUACGGGAAUCUGCAGAAGAUGGACGGCCCCACGGAGCAGUGUCAGGACCCUGUCCCCGUGCCCCCGACGGACUGUGGGCGUGGCACCGGCCCCUGCGAGGAGACCCUGACCGGCCAGCUGUUCUCGGGCUGCCGAGCUCUGCUGGACGCCGGCAGCUACGUGCAGGCCUGCCGGCAAGACCUCUGCCUCUGCGAGCACGCGGACCGCGCUCGCUGCAUCUGCUCCACGCUCGCCGAGUACGCACGCCAGUGUGCCCAUGCCGGGGGGCUGCCCCCGGACUGGAGGAGCCCCCACCUCUGCCCCCAGACCUGCCCCCCCCGCAUGCAGCACCGGGAGUGCGGCUCGCCCUGCGCCGACACCUGCUCCAACCCGGAGCACUCCCAGCUCUGCGAGGACCACUGUGUGGACGGCUGCUUCUGCCCUGAGGGGACAGUGUUCGACGACAUCGGCCAGACUGGCUGCAUUCCGGCAUCCCAGUGUCCUUGUGUGUACAAUGGGGCCACCUAUGCUCCGGGGACCAGCUACGCCACAGACUGUACAAACUGCACCUGCUCCAGAGGCCAGUGGAGUUGCCGGGAGCUGCCGUGCCCAGGCACCUGCGCGGUGCUGGGGGGCGCCCACAUCUCCACGUUCGACGAGAGGCAGUACACGGUGCACGGGGACUGCAGCUACGUGCUGGCCAAGCCCUGUGACAGCAGCGUCUUCACUGUGCUGGGAGAGCUGCGGCGGUGCGGCCUGACGGACACUGAGACGUGUCUCAAGAGCCUGACGCUGAGCCUGGACGGGGGGCACACGGUCGUCACAGUCAAGGCCAGCGGGGAGGUGUUCGUGAACCAGAUCUACACCCAGAUGCCCGUCUCGGCAGCAAAUGUCACGCUCUUCAGACCGUCCACCUUCUUCAUCGUGGCCCAGACCAAGCUGGGCCUGCAGCUCGGGAUCCAGCUGGUGCCCGUCAUGCAGGUGUUCGUGAGGCUGGGGCCCGAGCUCCGCGGCCUCACCUGUGGCCUGUGCGGGAACUUCAACCAGAACCAGGCCGACGACUUCCGGACCCUCAGCGGCGUGGUGGAGGGCACGGCCGCCGCCUUUGCCAACACCUGGAAGACCCAGGCCUCCUGCCCCAACGUCAAGAACAGCUUCGAGGACCCCUGCUCCCUCAGCGUGGAGAAUGAGAAGUACGCUCAGCGCUGGUGCUCCCGGCUGACCGACCCCCGCGGCCCCUUCGCCCAGUGCCACGCGGCCGUGAACCCGGGCACCUUCUACUCGAACUGCAUGUUCGACACGUGUAACUGUGAGAAGAGUGAAGACUGCCUGUGCGCCGCCCUGUCCUCCUACGUGCACGCCUGCGCGGCCCGGGGCGUGCUGCUCCGUGGCUGGAGGGACGGCGUGUGCGCAAAGCCCAUGGCCACCUGCCCAAAGUCGCUGACCUACCAAUACAGCAUCAGCACCUGCCAGCCCACCUGCCGGGCCCGGAGCCACGAGGACAUCACCUGUGGCAUCAGCUUUGUCCCCGUGGAUGGCUGCACCUGCCCCAACGGCACAUUCCUGGACGAGGCGGGCAAGUGCGUGCCGGCCACCAGCUGUCCCUGCUACCACGAGGGUUCUGUGGUCCCCAACGGGGAGUCACUUCAUGAGCGUGGAGUCAUCUGCACCUGCACACAAGGCACGCUGACCUGCAUCGGAGGCCAGGUUCCCACUCCAGUCUGCACCCCGCCCAUGGUCUUCCUCGACUGUCGCAACACCACGCCGGGGGCCUCCGGGGCCGGCUGUCAGAAGAGCUGCUUCACUCUGGACAUGGACUGUUAUAGCCCCCAGUGUGAGCCUGGCUGCGUGUGUCCCGACGGGCUGGUGGCCGACGGCGAGGGCCGCUGCGUCGCUCCGACGGACUGCCCCUGCGUGCACAACGAGGCCAGCUAUCUGCCCGGCCAGACCAUCCGGGUGGGCUGCAACACCUGCACCUGUGAGAACAGGAAGUGGCGGUGCACAGAGGAGCCCUGCCUGGCCACCUGCGCCGUGUACAGGGAUGGCCACUAUGUCACCUUCGAUGGGAGGCGUUACAGCUUUAGCGGGGACUGCGGGUACACGUUGCUUCAGGACCACUGCCGCGGCAAUGACACCACUGGGACCUUCCGCGUCGUCUCUGAGAACGUCCCCUGCGGUACCACGGGCGUCACCUGCUCCAAGGCCAUCAAGCUGUUCCUGGGGAGCUUCGAGCUGAGGCUGAAUGAAGGCCGCGUGGAGGUGCUCGAGAGGGGCGUGGGACAGGAGCCCCCCUACUCCAUCCGCCAGAUGGGCAUCUACCUGGUGGUGGACACUGAGGCCGGCCUGGUGCUGCUGUGGGACAGGAAGACCAGCAUCUUCCUCAAACUCAGCCCUGAGUUCAAGGGCCGGGUCUGCGGGCUGUGCGGGAACUUCGACGACAACGCCGUCAACGACUUCACCACGCGGAGCCAGUCCGUGGUGGGCAGCGCCCUGGAGUUCGGCAACAGCUGGAAGUUCUCCCCGGCCUGCCCUGACGCCCCGGCCCCCCGGGACCCCUGCACCGCCAACCCGUACCGCAAGUCCUGGGCCCAGAAGCAGUGCAGCAUCAUCAACAGCGCGACCUUCGCCGCCUGCCAUGCCCACGUGGAGCCCACCAAAUACUACGAGGCCUGCGUGGGCGACGCGUGCGCCUGCGACUCGGGGGGCGACUGUGAGUGUUUCUGCACGGCCGUGGCCGCCUACGCGCAGGCCUGCCACGACGUGGGUGUGUGCGUGUCCUGGCGCACCCCGGACACCUGCCCCCUGUUCUGCGACUACUACAACCCUGAGGGCCAGUGCGAGUGGCACUACCAGCCGUGCGGGGCGCCCUGCAUGAGGACAUGCCGGAACCCGGGCGGCCGCUGUCUGCACGACCUGCCGGGCCUGGAAGGCUGCUACCCCAAGUGCCCGCCUGCGGCCCCCAUUUUCGACGAGGACCGGAUGCAGUGUGUGGCCACGUGCCCGACCCCACCCCCGCCACUGCCCUGCCGCGUCCGGGGCAAGUCAUACCGGCCUGGCACGGUGGUGCCCUCCGACCAGAACUGCCACUCCUGCAUUUGCACCGAGAACGGCGUGCAGUGUGCCUACGACUCUGAGGCCUGUGUCUGCAUCUACGACGGACGGCACUUCCGACCGGGGGAUGUCAUCUACCACACGACGGACGGCACAGGGGGGUGCCUCUCUGCCCGCUGCUCCGCCAACGGCACCAUCGAGCGGGGCGUCUCCCCCUGCAGCGCCACCAGCCCCGCCCCACCAACCACCUUCUCCUUCUCCACGUCUGCACCCGUCGUGAGCUCAACACGUCCGCCCCGCACGUGCCACGACUGUGGCAAGAGCACAGUGCCCACGGGCACAACCCCCGGCACCACCGUCCAGCCCCACCAGGCCUGUGGGGAGGAGUGUCAGUGGUCGCCGUGGCUGGACAUCAGCCGUCCGGGCCGAGGCACCGACAGCGGCGACUUCGACACCCUGGAGAACCUCCGCGCCCAUGGGUACCAGGUUUGCACGGCGCCGAAGAAGGUGGAGUGCCAAGCUGAAGGGGCCCCCGGGGUGCCGCUCCCAGUCCUGGGGCAGCACGUGGAGUGCAGCCCGACGGUGGGCCUGACCUGCUACAACCACAAGCAGACGUCAGGGCUCUGCCACAACUACCAGAUCAGGAUCCUGUGCUGCUUCCCCCGGACCUGCUCCCCCUCCAGCAGUCCGGCCCAGACCACCCUUCCUGCAGCUUCAGGGAAUACAGAAACGGGGCCCACACGAGAGGUUAGCGGGGUCUCAUCUGUGCCGACAGAGCACAAAACAUCCCCAGCCACGGUAGCUGCAACUGGCACAAGCGUUCUCUCCACAACUAGUGAAACACCUGCUCCGGGUGCUACUGCACCAGUCCAAGCGACUGCUACAACCACCCCAGGUACCCCUACACCUGCCCCGGGGACCACCACGACCCCACCAGGCACCCCUACACCUGCCCCGGGGACCACCACGACCCCACCAGGCACCCCUACACCUGCCCCGAGGACCACCACGACCCCACCAGGCACCCCUACACCUGCCCCGGGGACCACCACGACCCCACCAGGCACCCCUACACCUGCCCCGGGGACCACCACGACCCCACCAGGUACCCCUACACCUGCCCUGGAGAAAACUACUCUCUUGACUCUGACUCCGAUGCCAAUUUCAACAACACACGAGCCUUGUUUGAAACAGUUGUGCACAUGGACCCACUGGAUCGACAGCAGCUACCCUGAGCCGGGUAUAAACAGUGGAGAUUUUGACACUUUUCCUAAUUUGAGAGCCAAAGGCUAUAAAUUCUGUGCAAAGCCCAACAACGUGGAGUGCAGGGCAGAGUUCUUCCCGAACGUCCCACUCGAGGAGUUGGGGCAGGACCUGAUCUGUGACAAGAAUGUGGGGCUGCUUUGCCUGAACAAGAAUCAGCUUCCCCCAAUCUGCUACAACUACGCGAUCCGCAUCGAGUGCUGUGAGCAGGUAGAUGUGUGUACGAGCACCCCACACGCCGGCUCUUCGGAGGUCACACACCCAACCCCGAGGGACACGGAGACCCAAACACAGCGGACUCGAAACACCGGAAUUCCCUCGUUGCCGACACAACGUGGCAUUGCCAGCUCGGCGCCUGUGCACCUGGCAGCCAGCACCACGCCGAACACAUACGGGGUAUCCUCACCUGUGACUGUUACCUGCCAGCCACAGUGCACGUGGACCAAGUGGUUUGACGUGGACUUCCCGUCCCCGGGACCCCACGGAGGAGACGUGGAAAGCUUCAGCAACAUCAUGAGAAGGGGAGAGAAAAUCUGCCGCCGGCCCGAAUACAUCUCGCGGCUGGAGUGCCGGGCCGAGAGCCACCCCGAGGUCAGCAUCGAGAAGCUGGGCCAGGUGGUGCAGUGCGACCUCAGCAAGGGCCUGGUGUGCCGGAACCGGGACCAGGGUGGCAAUGUCGGGAUGUGCCUCAACUAUGAGGUCCGGGUGUUGUGCUGUGAGCCCCCAGAGCACUGCACGACACACAAAACUGUCACAGUCCCUCACACCCCAAGUAUGAGCCCCACCAGCCUAACUGAGACCACUGUCCACCUGGUGACUUCCCACUCAACCUCUGUGCCAACAACCAGCCCAACCACAGUGCCAGAGACCAGCUCAACCUCUGUGCCAACAACCAGCCCAAGACCUGUGCCAGAGACCAGCUCAACCUCUGUGCCAACAACCAGCCCAAGACCUGUGUCAGAAACCAGUUCAACCUCUGUGCCAACAACCAGCCCAACCACAGUGCCAGAGACCAGCUCAACCUCUGUGCCAACAACCAGCCCAAGACCUGUGCCAGAGACCAGCUCAACCUCUGAGCCAACAACCAGCCCAAAACCUGUGUCAGAAACCAGUUCAACCUCUGUGCCAACCACCAGCCCAACAUCAGUGCCAGAGACCAGCUCAACCUCUGUGCCAACAAGCAGCCCAACCUCGGUGCCAGAGACCAGCUCAACCCCUGUGCCAGCUACCAGCCCAACCUCGGUGCCAGAGACCAGCUCAACCUCUGUGCCAACAACCAGCCCAAGACCUGUGUCAGAAACCAGUUCAACCUCUGUGCCAACAACCAGCCCAACCUCGGUGCCAGAGACCAGCUCAACCCCUGUGCCAGCAACCAGCCCAACAUCAGUGCCAGAAACAAGCUCAACCACCGUGCCAGCAAGCAGCCCAACCUCGGUGCCAACAACCAGCUCAACCACUGUGUCAUGGACCAGCCCAACCUCCGUGCCACCAACCGGCACAACGUCUGCUCCUACAGCCAGCACCACUCCCGUCCACACACCUGAAGCAACCCACUCCCCUCCUGUGACUGUCACCUGCCAGCCACAGUGCACGUGGACCAAGUGGUUUGAUGUGGACUUCCCGUCCCCGGGACCCCACGGAGGAGACGUGGAAAGCUUCAGCAACAUCAUGAGAAGGGGAGAGAAAAUCUGCCGCCGGCCCGAAUACAUCUCGCGGCUGGAGUGCCGGGCCGAGAGCCACCCCGAGGUCAGCAUCGAGAAGCUGGGCCAGGUGGUGCAGUGCGACCUCAGCAAGGGCCUGGUGUGCCGGAACCGGGACCAGGGUGGCAAUGUCGGGAUGUGCCUCAACUAUGAGGUCCGGGUGUUGUGCUGUGAGCCCCCAGAGCACUGCACGACACACAAAACUGUCACAGUCCCUCACACCCCAAGUAUGAGCCCCACCAGCCUAACUGAGACCACUGUCCACCUGGUGACUUCCCACUCAACCUCUGUGCCAACAAGCAGUCCAACCUCAGUGCCAGAGACCAGCUCGACCUCUGUGCCAACAACCAGCCCAAGACCUGUGCCAGAGACCAGCUCAACCCCUGUGCCAACAACCAGCCCAAGACCUGUGCCAGAGACCAGUUCAACCUCUGUGCCAACCACCAGCCCAACAUCAGUGCCAGAGACCAGCUCAACCUCUGUGCCAACAAGCAGCCCAACCUCGGUGCCAGAGACCAGCUCAACCCCUGUGCCAGCUACCAGCCCAACCUUGGUGCCAGAGACCAGCUCAACCUCUGUGCCAACAACCAGCCCAAGACCUGUGUCAGAAACCAGUUCAACCUCUGUGCCAACAACCAGCCCAACCACAGUGCCAGAGACCAGCUCAACCUCUGUGCCAACAACCAGCCCAAGACCUGUGCCAGAGACCAGCUCAACCUCUGAGCCAACAACCAGCCCAAAACCUGUGUCAGAAACCAGUUCAACCUCUGUGCCAACCACCAGCCCAACAUCAGUGCCAGAGACCAGCUCAACCUCUGUGCCAACAAGCAGCCCAACCUCGGUGCCAGAGACCAGCUCAACCCCUGUGCCAGCUACCAGCCCAACCUCGGUGCCAGAGACCAGCUCAACCUCUGUGCCAACAACCAGCCCAAGACCUGUGUCAGAAACCAGUUCAACCUCUGUGCCAACAACCAGCCCAACCUCGGUGCCAGAGACCAGCUCAACCCCUGUGCCAGCAACCAGCCCAACAUCAGUGCCAGAAACAAGCUCAACCACCGUGCCAGCAAGCAGCCCAACCUCGGUGCCAACAACCAGCUCAACCACUGUGUCAUGGACCAGCCCAACCUCCGUGCCACCAACCGGCACAACGUCUGCUCCUACAGCCAGCACCACUCCCGUCCACACACCUGAAGCAACCCACUCCCCUCCUGUGACUGUCACCUGCCAGCCACAGUGCACGUGGACCAAGUGGUUUGAUGUGGACUUCCCGUCCCCGGGACCCCACGGAGGAGACGUGGAAAGCUUCAGCAACAUCAUGAGAAGGGGAGAGAAAAUCUGCCGCCGGCCCGAAUACAUCUCGCGGCUGGAGUGCCGGGCCGAGAGCCACCCCGAGGUCAGCAUCGAGAAGCUGGGCCAGGUGGUGCAGUGCGACCUCAGCAAGGGCCUGGUGUGCCGGAACCGGGACCAGGGUGGCAAUGUCGGGAUGUGCCUCAACUAUGAGGUCCGGGUGUUGUGCUGUGAGCCCCCAGAGCACUGCACGACACACAAAACUGUCACAGUCCCUCACACCCCAAGUAUGAGCCCCACCAGCCUAACUGAGACCACUGUCCACCUGGUGACUUCCCACUCAACCUCUGUGCCAACAAGCAGUCCAACCUCAGUGCCAGAGACCAGCUCGACCUCUGUGCCAACAACCAGCCCAAGACCUGUGCCAGAGACCAGCUCAACCCCUGUGCCAACAACCAGCCCAAGACCUGUGCCAGAGACCAGUUCAACCUCUGUGCCAACCACCAGCCCAACAUCAGUGCCAGAGACCAGCUCAACCUCUGUGCCAACAAGCAGCCCAACCUCGGUGCCAGAGACCAGCUCAACCCCUGUGCCAGCUACCAGCCCAACCUUGGUGCCAGAGACCAGCUCAACCUCUGUGCCAACAACCAGCCCAAGACCUGUGUCAGAAACCAGUUCAACCUCUGUGCCAACAACCAGCCCAACCACAGUGCCAGAGACCAGCUCAACCUCUGUGCCAACAACCAGCCCAAGACCUGUGCCAGAGACCAGCUCAACCUCUGAGCCAACAACCAGCCCAAAACCUGUGUCAGAAACCAGUUCAACCUCUGUGCCAACCACCAGCCCAACAUCAGUGCCAGAGACCAGCUCAACCUCUGUGCCAACAAGCAGCCCAACCUCGGUGCCAGAGACCAGCUCAACCCCUGUGCCAGCUACCAGCCCAACCUCGGUGCCAGAGACCAGCUCAACCUCUGUGCCAACAACCAGCCCAAGACCUGUGUCAGAAACCAGUUCAACCUCUGUGCCAACAACCAGCCCAACCUCGGUGCCAGAGACCAGCUCAACCCCUGUGCCAGCAACCAGCCCAACAUCAGUGCCAGAAACAAGCUCAACCACCGUGCCAGCAAGCAGCCCAACCUCGGUGCCAACAACCAGCUCAACCACUGUGUCAUGGACCAGCCCAACCUCCGUGCCACCAACCGGCACAACGUCUGCUCCUACAGCCAGCACCACUCCCGUCCACACACCUGAAGCAACCCACUCCCCUCCUGUGACUGUCACCUGCCAGCCACAGUGCACGUGGACCAAGUGGUUUGAUGUGGACUUCCCGUCCCCGGGACCCCACGGAGGAGACGUGGAAAGCUUCAGCAACAUCAUGAGAAGGGGAGAGAAAAUCUGCCGCCGGCCCGAAUACAUCUCGCGGCUGGAGUGCCGGGCCGAGAGCCACCCCGAGGUCAGCAUCGAGAAGCUGGGCCAGGUGGUGCAGUGCGACCUCAGCAAGGGCCUGGUGUGCCGGAACCGGGACCAGGGAGGCAAUGUCGGGAUGUGCCUCAACUAUGAGGUCCGGGUGUUGUGCUGUGAGCCCCCAGAGCACUGCACGACACACAAAACUGUCACAGUCCCUCACACCCCAAGCAUGAACCCCACCAGCCUAACUGAGACCACUGUCCACCUGGUGACUUCCCACUCAACCUCUGUGCCAACAAGCAGUCCAACCUCAGUGCCAGAGACCAGCUCGACCUCUGUGCCAACAACCAGCCCAAGACCUGUGCCAGAGACCAGCUCAACCCCUGUGCCAACAACCAGCCCAAGACCUGUGCCAGAGACCAGUUCAACCUCUGUGCCAACCACCAGCCCAACAUCAGUGCCAGAGACCAGCUCAACCCCUGUGCCAGCAACCAGCCCAACAUCAGUGCCAGAGACCAGCUCAACCUCUGUGCCAACAACCAGCCCAACCACGGUGCCAGAGACCAGCUCAACCCCUGUGCCAACAACCAGUCCAACAUCAGUGCCAGAGACCAGCUCAACCACUGUGCCAGCAAGCAGCCCAACCUCGGUGCCAACAACCAGUGCAACCACUGUGUCACGGACCAGCCCAACCUCCGUGCCACCAACCGGCACAACGUCUGCUCCUACAGCCAGCACCACUCCCGUCCACACACCUGAAGCAACCCACUCCCCUCCUGUGACUGUCACCUGCCAGCCACAGUGCACGUGGACCAAGUGGUUUGAUGUGGACUUCCCGUCCCCGGGACCCCAUGGAGGAGACACAGAAAGCUUCAGCAACAUCAUGAGAAGGGGAGAGAAAAUCUGCCGCCGGCCCGAAUACAUCUCGCGGCUGGAGUGCCGGGCCGAGAGCCACCCCGAGGUCAGCAUCGAGAAGCUGGGCCAGGUGGUGCAGUGCGACCACAGCAAGGGCCUGGUGUGCCGGAACCGGGACCAGGGAGGCAAUGUCGGGAUGUGCCUCAACUAUGAGGUCCGGGUGUUGUGCUGUGAGCCCCCAGAGCACUGCACGACACACAAAACUGUCACAGUCCCUCACACCCCAAGUAUGAGCCCCACCAGCCUAACUGAGACCACUCUCCACCUGGUGACUUCCCACUCAACCUCUGUGCCAAUAAGCAGCCCAACCUCAGUGCCAGAGACCAGCUCAACCUCUGUGCCAACAACCAGCCCAAGACCUGUGUCAGAAACCAGUUCAACCUCUGUGCCAACAACCAGCCCAAGACCUGUGUCAGACACCCACUCAACCUCUGUGCCAACAACCAGCCCAACCACGGUGCCAGAGACUAGCUCAACCCCUGUGCCAACAACCAGUCCAAGACCUGUGUCCGAAACCAGUUCAACCUCUGUGCCAACAACCAGCCCAACCUCGGUGCCAGAGACCAGCCCAACAUCAGUGCCAGAAACAAGCUCAACCACCGUGCCAGCAAGCAGCCCAACCUCGGUGCCAACAACCAGCUCAACCACUGUGUCAUGGACCAGCCCAACCUCCGUGCCACCAACCGGCACAACGUCUGCUCCUACAGCCAGCACCACUCCCGUCCACACACCUGAAGCAACCCACUCCCCUCCUGUGACUGUCACCUGCCAGCCACAGUGCACGUGGACCAAGUGGUUUGAUGUGGACUUCCCGUCCCCGGGACCCCACGGAGGAGACGUGGAAAGCUUCAGCAACAUCAUGAGAAGGGGAGAGAAAAUCUGCCGCCGGCCCGAAUACAUCUCGCGGCUGGAGUGCCGGGCCGAGAGCCACCCCGAGGUCAGCAUCGAGAAGCUGGGCCAGGUGGUGCAGUGCGACCUCAGCAAGGGCCUGGUGUGCCGGAACCGGGACCAGGGAGGCAAUGUCGGGAUGUGCCUCAACUAUGAGGUCCGGGUGUUGUGCUGUGAGCGCCCAGAGCACUGCGGUCACACUUCAGUGACGCCAAGCUCAGCCCCUCCGGAGCAUACGUCCGUGGUGUCCAGUGUGCCAUGGCCGAGCUCCACGGCUCCGGCCAGCACGACAUGCUUCUGCAGCGUGUCCGGCAAGCUGUAUCCCGCAGGAUCCAUCAUUUACCAACAGACUGACCUCGAUGGCCACUGCUAUUAUGCCACAUGCAGUCUGGACUGCCAUGUGGUCCGGCAGAUGGACCAGUCCUGUCCCAGCAGCGUGGCACCUCCUGCCCCGACCACCUCCCAGCCUGGCUCCUCCCCUUCGGCCCCCGUGCCCAUCACUACGCAGGGGUGCCCGAAUGCAGUCCCCCCAAGAAUGAAAGGCGAGACCUGGCCCAUGCCCAACUGCUCUCAGGCCACCUGUGAGGGCCACGGGGUCAUCACCGUGCAUCGGCGCGAGUGCCCACGGGCGCAGCCCCCGACCUGCGCCAACGGCUUCCCCCCUGUGCAGGUGGCAGACCAGGACGGCUGCUGCCCGCGCUAUCAGUGCCAGUGUGUGUGCAGCGGCUGGGGCGACCCCCACUACAUCACCUUCGACGGCACCUACUACACGUUCCUGGACAACUGCACCUACGUGCUGGUGCAGCAGGUCGUGCCCGUGUACGGCCACUUCCGCGUCCUGAUCGACAACUACUUGUGCGGGGCGGAGAACGGGGUGUCCUGCCCGCAGUCCAUCAUCGUCGAGUACCGGGGGGACCGCGUCGUGCUCACCCGCAAGCCCGUCCUCGGGGUGAUGACCAAUGAGAUCAUCUUCAACGACAGAGUGGUCAGGCCCGGCUUCCAGAAAGAUGGCGUGAGCGUGUCCCAAAUCGGCAUCAAGAUGUACGUGACCAUCCCUGAACUUGGCGUCCAGGUCAUGUUCUCCGGGCUCAUCUUCUCGGUGGAGGUCCCUUUCAGCAAGUUUGCUAACAACACGGAGGGGCAGUGCGGCACCUGCACCAAUGACAAGAAGGAUGAGUGUCGCCUGCCUGGUGGGGCAGUGGCGGCCUCCUGCUCUGAUAUGUCCGGCCACUGGAAGGUGACGACACCGCAGCAGCCGUCAUGCCGCGGGCCCUCCCCGACGCCCGCCGCAGCCAGGCCCGCGCCCUCCCCAGCCCCAUGCUUCUCGUCGCCAAUCUGCCGGCUGAUUUUGAGCAAGGUCUUCGAGCCGUGCCAUGCGGUGAUACCCCCGCUGACAUUCUACCAAGGCUGCGUCUUCGACCACUGCCACGUGACCGUCUCCGACGUGGUGUGCUCUGGCCUGGAGCUGUACGCGUCCCUCUGUGCCUCCCGUGGCGUGUGCAUCGACUGGAGAAGCCACACCAACCACACGUGCCCGUUUGCCUGCCCUGCCGACAAGGUGUACCAGCCGUGCGGCCCGUCCAAGCUCUCCUACUGCUACGGGAGGGACAACGCCAGCCUCAUGGCCUUACAGGAUGCCGGCCCCAUCACGGAAGGCUGCUUCUGUCCAGAGGGCUUGAUGCCUUUCAGCACGAGCUCCGAAGUCUGCGUGCCCACAGAUUGCCACAGGUGCCUGGGGCCCCACGGGGAGCCUGUGGAGCCCGGCCACACUGUCAGCGUGGGAUGCCGGCAGUGCACCUGUGAGAACGGCACAUGGACCCUGAGCUGCCGGCCGCAGCCCUGCCCCCUGCCCCCAGCCUGCCCCGCGCCCGGCUUGGUACCUGUGCCUGCGGCCCCCCAGACCGACCAGUGCUGUCCCCAGUACAACUGCGCCUGUGACACCAGCUACUGCCCCAAGCCCGUGGCCUGUCCCGAGGGCUCCCACCCCAUCCUGACCUACGAGGAGGGAGCCUGCUGCCCCCACCAGAACUGCAGCUGGAACGUCUGCAGUGUCAACGGCACCUUGUUCCAGCCCGGCUCCGUGGUCUCCUCCAGCCUGUGUGAGACGUGCCGGUGCGAGGCGCCCGGCAGCCCCCAUUCAGACACGGCGGUGAUCAGCUGUGAGACUCAGAUUUGCAACACCCGCUGUCCCGAGGGCUUCGAGUACCGGGAGCAGAGCGGGCGGUGCUGUGGCGGGUGCGUGCAGCAAGCCUGCGUCCUCAACGCCACGGACGGCUCCCCCCAUCUCUUCUACCCGGGCCAGUCCUGGCCAGACCCCACGAACCCCUGCGUGACCCACGAGUGUGAGAAGCACCCGGAUGGGCUUGUGGUGGUGACCAGGAAGAAGGCGUGUCCCCCGCUCAGCUGUCCUGCGGACCAGGCCAGGCUGAGCAAGGACGGCUGCUGUCUGUCCUGUCCUCCACCGCAGCCCCAGAACAGGUCAGCCUGCGCCCUGUUCCACGAGCGCCAAGUCCUCCACCAGCAGGGCUGUAGGUCUCCCCGGCCCGUGCGCCUCGCCUUCUGCCGUGGCAGCUGUGGCGACAGUGUCUCUGUCUACUCCCAGGAGGCCAACACGCUGCGGCACAGCUGCGAGUGCUGCCAGGAGCGGCGCGUCUCCCUGAGAAAUGUGACCCUGCGCUGUCCCGACGGCUCCCACCGGGCCUUCAGCUACCCCCAGGUGGAGGAGUGUGGCUGCGUGCGGCAGCGCUGCGGCUCCCACGGCGCCCUGGGCCACGGGGCAGACUCGGGGCCUGUGCAGAGCGACGAGGAGCAAAGCCAGGAGGUGGGGGGCACAGGCUGGAGGAGGGGCUCCAGGGCCACGGGCCCCACCAGUGGACUGACCAGCCCUCGUUCUCGGGGCUCCCGGCCACCCCCCUCCGGGAUACACCGAUAAGGGCAUCCUGGCCCCUACAGCUUCGGCUCCAGGGACCCGAGCGCUGGCCCGGGGGCCCGAGGCCAUGAUGCCCUGCCCACCCACCUUGUUCCUCUUGGGGGUCCAGCGGGCCCUCGGUGUGCGGUGGCCCCGACCAGCCCUCAGGCCACUCUGGCCGUGGGUCCAGCGUGCGUUCCCAGGACUUGUGCAUCGCGUGGGGGUCUAACAGGGAUGGGCACUUGGACUCGUUGGGCCGGUCCGUCCACCAGGAGGCGCAGCCUUGCUCCUCCCUUGGCCCCGGGCUUCAGGAAAUGACCGUCUGGUUCAUAAAUACACUUGGAGCAUUUUGCAAA